AUGGGGACCCACUCGGGAGACCUGCCCCAGCCCCAGCCCCAGGACGCCAGCCCAGCCCUCGCCCACGUCCCCGCCGGCCCCCCGCAUCCCCACAGGAUGGGCAGGCGCUGCCCGUUCAGCUGUGCCCCCCCCAUGCUCCAGGGCCCCGCGGUGGAUGCCGUCCCUCCCCCGGCCCGGCAGCAGUUCGACAUGCUCUACAAGAUCGAGGAUGUGCCCCCCUGGUACCUCUGCAUCCUGCUGGGCUUCCAGCAUUACCUGACCUGCUUCAGUGGCACCAUCGCCGUCCCCUUCCUGCUGGCCGAGAGCCUGUGCGUGGGCAAGGACCAGCUCACCGUCAGCUACCUCAUCGGCACCAUCUUCACCUGCGUCGGCAUCACCACCCUCAUCCAGACCACCGUGGGCAUCAGGCUGCCCCUGUUCCAGGCGAGUGCUCUGGCCUUCCUCGUCCCCGCCAAGUCCAUCCUGGCGCUGGAGAAGUGGCGGUGCCCACCUGAAGAGCAGAUCUACGGCAACUGGACGCUGCCGCUCAACACCUCCCACAUCUGGCAGCCCCGUAUGCGAGAGAUCCAGGGGGCCAUCGUGGUGUCCAGCCUGGUGGAGGUGGUGAUCGGGCUGCUGGGGCUCCCCGGGGCGCUGCUCAGCUACAUCGGGCCGCUGACCGUCACCCCCACCGUCGCCCUCAUCGGCCUCUCCGUCUUCCAGGCCGCUGGCGAGCGGGCUGGCUCACACUGGGGCAUCGCAGCGCUGUCCAUCGUCCUCAUCGUCCUCUUUGCCCAGUACCUGAGGAACGUCACUGUGCGCCUGCCCGGGUACCGCUGGGGACGGGGCUUCGUCCUGCUGCACGUGCAGAUCUUCAAGAUGUUCCCAAUCAUCCUGGCCAUCAUGGUGGUGUGGCUGCUCUGCUACCUGCUGACGCGCACCGGCGUCUUCCCCAGCAGCCCCGAGGAGUAUGGCUACAAGGCCAGGACAGACGCACGCGGCGAGAUCCUCUCGGUGGCACCCUGGUUCCGUGUCCCCUACCCCUGUCAGUGGGGGCUGCCUACGGUGACCUCAGCGGCCGUGCUGGGCAUGUUCAGCGCCACGCUGGCCGGCAUCAUCGAGUCCAUCGGGGAUUACUACUCCUGCGCGCGGCUGGCGGGAGCGCCCGCUCCCCCAGUGCACGCCAUCAAUAGGGGCAUUUUCACAGAGGGCAUCUCCUGCAUCAUCGCGGGGCUGCUGGGAACCGGCAACGGCUCCACCUCCUCCAGCCCCAACAUCGGCGUCCUGGGCAUCACCAAGGUGGGGAGCAGGAGGGUGAUCCAGUACGGCGCCGGGAUCAUGAUCUUCCUGGGGACCAUUGGCAAGUUCACCGCACUGUUCGCAUCGCUGCCCGACCCCAUCCUCGGCGGGAUGUUCUGCACGCUGUUUGGCAUGAUCACGGCCGUCGGCCUCUCCAACCUGCAGUUCGUUGACAUGAAUUCGUCCCGCAACCUCUUCGUGCUGGGCUUCGCCAUGUUUUUCGGGCUGACACUGCCCAACUACCUGGAUUCCAACCCCAAGGCCAUUAACACAGGCGUCCCCGAGCUGGACCAGAUCCUGACGGUGCUGCUGACGACCGAGAUGUUUGUGGGGGGCUCCAUCGCCUUCAUCCUGGACAACACCAUCCCAGGGACGCGCGAGGAGCGGGGACUGGUGCAGUGGAAGGCGGGCGCGCACGCUGACAGCACGUCCUCGGCCAGCUUGAAGAGCUACGACUUCCCCUUCGGGAUGAGCGUGGUGCGGAAGUGCCGCUGGCUGCGGCACGUGCCCAUCUGCCCGCUCUUCACCGGGUUCAGCUGGCGGCCGAGGAAAAGCCGCGCGGCGGCCGAGGGCGUGCAGGACAGCGCCGACGGCCUCGUCGUCUGCACCAAGGUGUGA